AACAAAUCGAACACAUGUUUUCCAUGACUUCAUUCCACAAAUACUCGAAUUGAGCUUCGUGACUUCUCGGGGCGGCCCCGAGAGAUAACAAGUGCUCCCCUUGCUCGGCUGAGUCCAUCUCAACCAAUCCUAUGCCUGAGGGCCUGCAGCGAGCACGAUGGAUUUGGCAACGAAGAACUCCUUGAGUCUCAUUUUCGAUGAAAAAUUUGAAGACACUCGGAAAUAUGUUUGUGACGCUCCAGGAUGCGGCAAAACCUUCGUGAAGAAUAAUUUUUUGGAGUUCCACAUCCGAACUCAUACGAAUGAGCGGCCGUUCCACUGCAGCUUUCCGGGCUGCUCUCUAUCGUACACUCGCUCAUGGCAUCUUAGGAGACACGUGAUUAAUGCUCAUCAGCCGAAACCGGAAGUCGUAGCGAAGUUCGAAUGUCAGGAGUCUGGAUGCUCAAGAGUCUACCAAUCCAAGGAUGCUCUCAGGAAGCAUCAUGCCGAAAUCCACGGAAGCAACGGUAGACUUGCCGGUCCAAGAUACCAGUGUUCCGUCUGUCACCUUAGUUUCUCGAAACACAACAAGUUGAAAGUCCAUGCUUCCCUGCAUUCGGGUGAAAUGCCCUUCAAGUGUUCGGUUGAAGGCUGCGGGAGAGAAUAUCGCAUCCACAGCAAAUUGAAAGCCCACGAGAAGUCCCACUUGGGCUACGCGUGUGAGAGUUGCGAUAACCAAAGAUUCCCGACCUGGUCGGCUCUCAGGAAACAUAGCGCUGAAACGCACAGCGCGAAACGAUGUCCCAAAUGUGAUAAAACCUUCAAGCAAAACGCUCUCCUCAUGGCUCACAUGGAGACGCAUUCGGACAAUCGCUUGGCUUUCGUGUGUCCAUUUCCGGAAUGCGAAAAGUCCUACUUUGAGAUGAAGAACCUCCGGGCUCAUCAGAAAGCCGCUCAUGAAAAUGUUCGUUUCACGUGUACAGAAUGUCAGAAAGAGUUUUGUUCCAAGCAGACCUUGAGACGUCACGGCCGCAAAUGCAUGAACAAAACAUAUGAGCGGAAGGCUCCGAAAACUGGGGACCUGCGGAAAACGAGAGUGGACAAGGGAAAGCCUCGGAGAAGAGCCGCCGUUUUUCUCUCUGCUGUUGAUUCGAAAGAUAUCGACCACCCUGAAGAGUGA